AUGUGGGAUUUUGAUGAAUGUCGCCGGCGUCGCAGGGGUUGUAAGUCUGGGAUUCUGGUUGAUCGGGUGGCGAUGAAGACGAGUUGCUCCGAGUGUGGCCUUGAUUACGGUCUCGGUGAUUGUGGUCUCUCCUCCGUCACCACCGACCCGAAUAAUCCUUUCUCUAGCUCUGAUGAUACGCAUGGAGACUCUCAGCGUCGUGGCUCAGAUACCGUCACCUCCGAGACGAAGAAUAGUUCCGAUCGCCGUGGCUCAAAUUCCCUCGCCGCUGAGCCGAACAAUGAUUCCUCCGAUGAUCUCUUGGCCGAUGGUCAAGGAGAUUUACAGAAUCGCGUCUCGAUCGCAUCUAUGUCCGAUAGCUUGGGUCUUCCUCCGAAUGUCAAGAAUCAGGCUAAUGAGAUCUUUCAGAAAGUGGAGAAUAAAAGCAGAGAAAAGGAUCGAAAUGUUAGAAUUGCCUUUUUCGCUGCUUGUAUCUACGUUGCCUGUCGACAAGAGGACGGCAUGACUCGGUCUAUUAGGGAGAUUUGCUCUGUUUCCAAUGGAGCCACAGUUCCAAAUGUUGCCAAGGCAACUGGGGUCAUAGCUGAUACACUGAACAUGGACAAAAAUUGGUUGAUGCAAAUCAAAGCCACUGACUUGAUAAAGAGGUUUUGCUCUAACCUUGGAAUGGUUGGCCAAGCAGUUGAAGCUGCUCAAGAAGCUGCCAAAAGUUCUGAAAGUGUUGAGAGACACACUCAUGUAUCAGUUGCAGCCGGAGUCGUAUAUGUCGUUGCUCAGCUUUACAAUGACAAGCUGCUGCUCGAAGAUAUUACAAAAGCCACCGGAGUUCCAACAAUCACGAUAACUAGAACAUACAGGGCCUUGUAUCCCCAUCUGUCAACGAUAAUACCAAAGUGGUUUGCCAGGGAAGACGACCUAAAAAAGCUUCCCAGACCUUAA